UGUUUAGGAGGGACUAAAUUACAGUGCAAGUCUUUAAUUACUGAGCAGCAAUGUAACAACUACUGAGUACAAUAGUAAUUUUAUUGGGUAGCAGUAGAGAAACAAUGGGCUAAGAGUUUUGAUACUGACAUGAAUGUUUUUAUAAUCUUUGUUUUUUAAUUAUGACCUACAUAACAUGACUAGAGUAUUUAUUAUCAUAAUGUUUUUAAUUAGUUUUUUGUUAGUUUUUUUACAUGGGGACGACAUGGCCAUGAAAGAUGGGUGACCCUUUACAAUUUUAACUAUAAAAUAAUUUAAUGUUGUGUUUUUUAACUGCUACAGUAAAACUACAGUUAGGAGGCAGAUGCAUAGCAAGAUUAAAUGCUGCCAGAGAAAAAAGGUUCCCACAAUAAGCAAGACACUAGAUCAGGGAAAAGUAAAACAACAAUAACACAAUACUUGUUCGUGUGUUUGUUUCUGUGUUUAUGUGUGUAUGAAUGUGUUGCUUAGACACUUCUCUGACAAACAAAAACAAAUGCAGACAGAAUGACAGGCUAAAACAUGUGAAGAGAAAGUUGUCUUUCUGCUCAUGUUCUGUGGCAGACAGCCUUAGGCGGAUCUGAGCCUGCCUGUCCAUCAUUACUGCAAGUUACCCUUCUGUGCAUCGGGCGACCUGGCCUGAGAGCUCCAACCAAGCCCCCAGUCUUCCAACACAUGCCUGACCUGUCACUCAGGGACACAGGCUUGUCAAAGCUGCUUGUCUCACAACGCCUGAGGUCUUGCCACAGGGAAGACUACCUCCUGUCAUCUUCACUCAAGUGUAGUAUCCCAGUCCAGGACAUGGUUUCCUGGGGGGCCCUGCCACCUACACAUUUCGAAGGGUAAAACCGGUCUAUCCUGGGCCAUGACUGCUCUGCUUCCCAACAUCACUGUUCCCGGAAGUACAGCAGUUCUGUUGCCGACUACAGACUGUCUCUUUAACCUGACUGCACCUGCUCAGGCAGGACUCGGUUCAGGCCAGUCACUGGCCCCUCUCUGCACCCUUUGUUGCUGUGGAUUUCUAAAUCGUACUUUGGCAGUGGUGUUCAUGGUCAGCCUGGCAUUUGCCAUCGUGGUUGGAAAUGUGAUCACCCUUACUGUCUUUGUGCAAACAAGACAGUCCCGAACACCACAGGGAUACCUGAAAGUGUCUUUGGCCAUAGCAGACAUGAUGGUCGGUGUUCUUGUGGUCCCUUUCUCCGUCUACACUGAGAUCUCUUUGAUGGUGACCAGCACACCUCCCAUUUGGUACCAGGGUAGUUCUACUUCCCCGCCCACCUCCACUUCUUUUGGGGGACUGGUGAGUCCUUGGCAGCCCUGCAUGCUGAUUGGCCCUGUGUUUGCUGGAUGCACUUUUGUCUCCAUCAGCACCAUCUUCCUCAUGACAUUGGAGCGAAGCGUGGCCAUCCUGUGGCCACUCCACAAGGACGCCUUGGUGACCCGGAGAAGAACUCUGUUUCUCAUCCUGCUCUCCUGGGCUGCCAGCUUCCUGCUGGCUCUUGCACCCCUCAUCUUCAGCAGCAACUUCAUUUUGGAGUACAAUGAGUGCAGUCGUAUGUGUAACUACUCCCCAAUAUUGUUCGGAAGCCAGCUGCCACCUGAUGCCAACAUUUUGCUGUUAUUCCCAGCAUUUGACUUCACACUGCUUGGUGGCACAUUAGCAGUAAACAUUGUGUCUUUCACUAGCAUCCGACAGUACUCCCGAAAACGCAAACUGCUCUCAGAAGGGAGUCUGAGUGACACAGGAGGAGCAGGUGGAGGGUGCUCUCACAGGCCCUCCUUUUCCGACAUCAAAGCUGCCAAGACAAUUGGCAUACUUACAUUUGCCUUCACAGCAUCCUUCUCUCCGAUUGCAGUUUUUGUGCUCGGGAACGUGGUGGGAUACACCUGGUGUAACUUUUCCUUUUUUGCCUUCUGGAUCCUGACAGGAAACAGUUGCUGUAAUGUAAUUAUCUACAGUGUCAGGGACCAUCGCUUCAGGAAGGGUGUGACCCUGCUCUUUCAGCGAGACCACUCCCUUCAACAUGGCGUGAAUUGGCCUAUCAGCACCUCUAAAGCUCACUAAUUAACACUUUCUAUAUACAGUAUGUUACAUUAGGUUGUGUGCCACACUACAGUAUAUCUUGGCUGUAAACCACAACUUGUCGUUUUAGGUUGACUUGAUAACAUUUGGAUUUUUGUACAGAUUAAACAAACAGGAUGUACUGUGCUAAUUAGUGGGUUUUAGAGCUGCUUGUAGGCAUAUUUUGUUGCCUUUAAACCAAGCCAGGCUAACUUGCUUGCCCCAAUUUCCAGUCUUCAUGCUAAGCUUAGUUUCCUGGCUGGAGCUUCAUAUUCACAGUACAUUUGUGUGAGUGUUAUCACUCUGCUUAUUUAACUCUUGGCAAGAAAGUACAUUUCCAAAACUGUCAAACUAUUACUUUAAUGCAAAUGUAAACCCCAUAAUAGAUUUACAAAAAAAGGAUAAUUCAAACAUGAAAUAAAUGCAAUUAUUUGCUACUGAGAAAUGUAAAUGGAAGCCAAAUUUUAAAUCUUCCAUCCACAUGUUCUUUUGACAAUUUGUCGCCUUCCUCUCUAUUCAAUAACGCCAGGCACCGAACCUAGAGCAGCACUGACAUCCACAAUAUCCACGCCGUUAUAGUUUUUUUAAACACUGGUGGGUUUUUCAUCUAUCAUUUAAAAGGGGUGUUGUAUGUGUGUUUAGAAAUCUUGGCACUGUUCCUCUUUGGAAUAAUGUGGAUAACCAUUUAUUUUUUAAUUUAUUUUGAAAACAAUCUGCCUCAAGCAUGUACGAAAUGCAGUAUAUCAGUUACUGCAAGAGCCAUUUGCAUUGUGCCAUAUGUCGGAUAAUGUUAACUUUUAUUUUUAGCAUUUUAUAAUAUUGUUUAUUUUUGUCUAAGCAAAUAUGAAUGAAAAAAGUAUCUGUAUAUUUAUUAAAUCAGCAAAGACUAAAUCAAAAUAGGAUUGCGAACCACAGAGAUUUAUUAUAAAGAGCAUUAUGAAAAUAGCAGACCCUCAUACUGUGCCGCCUAUCUUUUCAGGGCAUAAUGUCUACUUUCAACAUAAAAUAAUCACACCAGUGUGUGAGUUAUAUGUCUUGUGUAUGGUUUUCAUUUCUGUAUUGUAAAAUUUGACAAAAUAAUAAUAUAUAUGAAUGAGAUUGAAGAGGAUUUUGCCCCAUAAAAUUACAACAUUUUAACUUAUGGUCAAAUUCUUGCAUUGUUGCAAUGUAAUUUAGUCAUAAAUUACAGUUCUUUGAUAUAGUAACAAUUUAGCAACAGAAUCAACAAAAUAAGUACAACUAAUAAACACAAUAAAGUGGUGUUUAUUAUUCCAAUAGUUCAAUCAACAUGAUAGUAAAAGACAAAAAGAUUUUGUCCCAUUUACCCCUGCCCAUUAAAGGAAUAGUUUCAACCCACUAACACACGUGAGGGAAUUUAAUGGUCAAUACAAAAUAAAUUUAAUAUGUUAGCAUGUAAUGCGCAAACUGAAAUAAAUUAACUUCUUACAUGUAGGUAAACAAAACUUUUUUCUAGUUUAAAAUAUGUCACAAACAGAGAAAAGUAUGAAAUCUACAGCGCCUAAUCAUUACUGGUUUUAUGUAAGAAAACAUAUAAUUAUUGUGCUUAUACUGAAUCACUGUACAGAGUUGUAUUAGUAGUGCAUAAUUAAUCAGUGGUGAUUGCAUCAGAUUUGGAAACAAUAAAUGUGUUUGGGAACA